AUGAUAUGUCAGACUCUAAUUUCAAAGUAUACCUGUCCAGCGUGUUCUCACAAAACCUGCUCUUUAGAGUGCUACCGAACCCAUAAGAGUCGGCAUUCGUGUUCAGGUAAAGUAGAUGUAUCGCGAUUCAUCAAACAAGAUGACUUGGCGUCAGACCCUAUACAUCUAAACAGAGACUACAACCUCUUGCAAAGCUUUGAUAGGGCCAUCGACUUGUCCAAGAAGGAUAUACGUCAGAAUGCACGGAACAUUUUGAAAAGAUCGAGGAAUGAGAUUCAGCAAAGCAGAAAACGAUUCAGAAGACCUGGCGAAGGAGACGACCCUCGCAAGAAACUGGUGUUGAAAGUGUUUCCGCACGAUCCUGCGAUGAUGGUGAAAAGAGAGAAUACCCUCGUGAUACAGGUCCCCAGCGGCAUGCAGCGGGCCUCGUCAAACAAAUCGGGCUACGACAAGAAACUGAACUGUUUUGUGUGGACUAUAGAGUGGAUCUUUGUCGGUAGCAACGGCAAGGAGCUUGCGCUUUUUACGACCUACCGGCUGAAGGAGAAUCUAACCUUGCAAGACCUCGUACCGAAGCACAUUUUGGAUUCCCACGGCAUGAUGAACGGCAAGGAAGGGCUGCAGCUCGGCUUUUACCUCAAAAAUGCUCUUAAUACCCCGAAAAACUCGGUCUUGGUCUUGGAGCCGGGGUCUACUUUGAGCUCCGCGUUGAAGGACAAGAUUGUUUUGGAGUAUCCUACUAUCUACGUGGCAACGGCCGGGGCACAGUUAGAAAGCAUAGUUGUGGACGAAAAACAUGGUUACGAUUUGCGGCAAGAAGACAGCCUGGACGCUAGCUCCUCGGAAUCCUCUUCUUCUUCUUGUUCGUCUACCUCAGACCUGAGUAGUAGUGACGACGACGAGGAUGAGGGUGAUUCCGAGGGCGCACCGGAGGAGUCUACUCUGAAACCCUCCCAUAGUAUCGAUAACCACCAACGAGAGCCAGGUCCAGGGAUACAAGUUAUUCUGGACUCAACACUCGGGGAAAUAACUAAACCUAGCGAAGUAGAUAUAGACGAAGUAGACUAG